AUGGAUAAAGGAUUGAUUAACGGAGUAGUUUUUGUAGAUCUUAAAAAGGCAUUCGAUACGAUUGAUCAUGCUCUACUCCUGGCAAAACUUGAACGAUGCGGAGUAAGAGAAACACCUCUCAAAUGGUUUAAAUCUUACCUACAUCAGAGAAAACAAGUUUGCAAAAUAAACAAUGCCGUGUCGGAUACAGUUGAAAUUCAUUGUGGCGUCCCACAGGGGUCAAACCUAGGUCCUUUACUAUUCAACUUAUAUAUUAAUGACCUUCCAAACUGUCUACAGACAACCAAGGCUUCCAUGUUUGCGGAUGGCACCAACCUUUCUUGCAAGGGGCAAUCAUCUGCAGACAUUGAGUUCAAAUUAAACUGCGACUUAGACAAUAUUCAGAAAUGGCUAAUAAGUAAUAAGUUAACAUUAAACCUAGCUGGUUAUUGUUGCGAGUUUGGCGGCUAUGUAACUCCGACCUCUUGA